CUGCCUACUUGCCCAUGACAUCGUGUCCCUUGACGCGUCGCUUUAAAACCGGACAGGCCCGCACGCCUAUCCAGGUACGGUCCGUCCCAGCUCUCGUCCGCAAUGCACUCUACAGCUCUCCUCUCUCUCGCCUUGGCUAAUGCCGCUUGUGCAGCGUCCUCGUUUGAUCCCUUGCACCACCUCGCUGGCAUAGCUCCCUACUUCGAGGAUCCUAUCCUCGACCCAAAGCCGCCACAAGGCUGCAAUGUCACCCGUGCUGCAUAUUUAGUCCGACAUGCCGCAAUCUACGCCAAUGAUUUCGACUACGAGGAGUACAUCGAGCCUUUCACAGACAAGUUGAAGAAUGCGACUGCAGAUUGGAGGAGCGCGGGGCCGUUAGCCUUCCUUGCAAGUUGGAAGACGCCAAUAACCGACGAGGAGCUGGAAGACCUCACUUCUGUAGGCAGGCUGGAGUCGUAUAAACUGGGUGUCGACGUCCGCUUGCGCUACCCACACCUCAAAGACCCAAAGAAGGUCUGGACGUCCACAGCAGAGAGGACUGAGCUCAGCGCGGACUCUUUUAUCCAAGGAUUGGCGACCAAGAAGAACAACACGGAGCGCGUUUCUGUGCUCGAGAAUGCUGCCCGCGGCGCCGACUCCUUGACCCCCUAUAAAGGAUGCCCCAAAUACAGCUCCUCUUUUGGUAGCAAGCAGUCAUCACAAUUCAGAGAGACGUAUACUAAACCUAUAAUCGCUCGCCUACAUGACUCUGCUCCCAGCUUCAACUUCACCGCCCAAGAUGUAGUCGCCAUGCAGCAACUGUGCGGAUACGAGACUGUCAUCCGCGGGUCUUCGCCCUUCUGCUCCCUUGAGCUGUUCUCUCAAAACGACUGGCUUGCCUUCGAAUAUAUGAACGAUAUCAUGUACUUCUACAACACCGGUUAUGGCAACCAGAUCUCGGGUGUGCUUGGCUUCCCGUGGCUGAACGCUUCGGCUUCGGCUUUGCUAUCCAACGACGCCGACCAAGACCUCUUUGUAUCGUUUACCCAUCGAGAGCUGCCGCCUACAGUGAUUGUCGCACUAGGGCUGUUCAACAACUCAGCCUUCUCAGGAGCCAAUGACAUAAACGCCACUAUGCCCCUUACCACGCAGAACCACCAACGCGCUUGGAAGUCUUCUCAGAUUCUACCGUUUCUUACGAACAUUGCCAUCGAAAAAAUGACCUGUGACAGUUAUGGAUACACCACCGACGAGUACAUUCGAGUGCUAGUUAAUCAGGCAUCACACCCGCUGUCCUGCACCGAUGGGCCUGGAGAGAGCUGUUCAGUAUCGGCAUUUCGCAAUUUUGUGCAAGAGAGGGGUUCGCUUUUUGGGGGGUUUACGGAACGAUGCAAGCCUGACUACACCAAUUCUACCGACACACUAAGUCUUUAUGCCUAAGUCGCUUUACCAAGCAACAAUAUAUAAUUUUAAUUAUUGCAUAGAAGCUCAGGCCUUUGGUUCCAUGUUGAAAACGUAUGAUCUGCUGCGC